GUCGAGAGGUUCCACAACAUCUUCCUCACGAAGGAGAUCGUCUCUCCCAAGAUCGUGAACAAGGACCUCUUCAAAUCGGCGACCUAUGCCCCGAGUAAGUCUAUGUUCUUUCAGCAAGGAUUGCUUCGUUUCAUUCAUUUGACGUAUGAAUUUUUCUGUCCAAAUCUUAUACGUCAAUUUUAUGCAAAUCUUCGUACCACUAAGGGAGGUUCGCCAUCUCUCAUUUCCUAUGUUGAAGGCAAAACCGUUUUUAUUGACGGUGCCGGUUUGACUUCUUUGUUUGGCCUUCGUCACGGUGAAGUUACCGAAAACUUGGAUGAAACAUUCCAAGAUGAGGCAAUAUGGCGACAACUCGGGUUAGAUCAUCGUGACCUCAAGUUUAGAAACUCUAGCAACCCGAGUGUCGUUAAUCUCACUUUAAUUCAACGCGUCCAACAAUACAUUUUCUCAUAUGUUUUGUUGCCCCGUGAUUCGAACCAUGGCGUCGUCAACAAGGACGAUAUUCGUUUGUUUCACGUCCUGUUGAACGAUGUCAAAUUUGAUUGGGUUCACUUCUUUAUCGUUGCACUUAGCGAUGGCACUCGCUUUUCCCAUCUCCGUUUUGCCAUCCCCAUUAUGCAUAUCCUUGCUCAUUGCAAAGUAGACCUUACUCGGGACACUCAGGUGCCGGUUAAGAAGACGUGUUUCAUCACUGAAGCCAAGUUUUCCCGGAUCGUGUAUCGAGAGGAGGGCGAUGCUGCACCAAAUCUGGAAUUGAUCGUCGCCGAAGAAGAAGAAGAAAGCCAAAACGAGAAUCAAGCUGAGUCAUCUCAAGCCGGAGGUAGUCGAGCCACGGAGCGCGUCACUCGUCAACGGAGGACUCGUCCGAGAGAAGAAGCACCGGAACCAUCUUGGGUGAAGAAGAUCUUCGAUACUCUCAUGUGCAUCCGAGAUGACGUUCGCCAGCUCAACGAGAGGAUGACUCGUCUUGAGCAAUCUCGCUCCUACCGUGGCCCGCGUCACAGCUUCAGCGGAGGAGCUUGUCCGGCGAACUCUCUUUGAUUAUUUUCUCUUCCAUCUUAACUUUUUUAUGAUACAUUGUUAUUGGCUAUUACUAUUAUAACUCUUUUGGUGAAUGAUAUUGUUGCUAAUAUGGUUCUCUUUUAGAACAUUUUGACUCUUUGAGGCAAUUCGUGUUAGAAGCUCUUUUGAAAACUCUUACAAUUUUUUCCUUCAAAAUCCCGGCAUCAAUUAAGGGGGAAG